AUGCGUCGCGGCGAUCACUUGGCGGCAAUCAAAGCAUUCCCGCAGUGGUGUGCUUACAAUGACGCCCAAUUGCUUGAUAUAGUCUUGGCCACAGACAGCGAGAGAGGCAAUCACUUUAGACCAACUAGAGACCUUGGCACUGAUGAGGGCAAUGAAGAACCGCCAUUGCUCCUUACGGUACCAAAGGAUAUGGUCCUCUCGGCCGAGGCUAUUCAGCAAUACGCAAAAGUUGACAAGAACUUUCGUGACAUCUACGAUGCAGCUGGUCAUCAGUCACAUCGUAUGGAUACUCUAUUGUUUCUGCUGUUGCAGUACAUCUAUUCCUCUCCGGACUUCCAGGGACAUAAGGGCGGCGCCUCUUCUUGGACAUGGUACUUUGAUGUCUUGCCGUCUCGCAUUCCUGUGCCGACCAUGUGGUCGGAUGAACAAUUGAUCUACCUUCGAGGAACAUCUCUUGAGGAUGCGGUACCUGCAAAGCUGCAGGCUUUGGGAAGAGAAUUUGAUCUUGUCCGUACCGAGACUGAGAAGAUCCCAUUUUGGCGGGAGUUUGUGCAUGACAAGGAAAUCAUCACAGCGGGUGACUGGAUUUACCUCGAUGCCCUGUAUCGAUCACGUACACUGGAGCUUCCCAGAUCGGGAGAAUCCAUGGUCCCGAUUUUAGACAUGGUCAAUCACUCAGCGGAUGCCAAUGCUUAUUUCGACGAGACUGAAGAUGGUGAAGUCAGGCUUCACAUCAGGAGGGGCCAUUCCAUCCGGGCGUCCUUGCCCGAGUACUCGCUUACUGGUGGUGGUGACGAGAUUACAAUUGAUUAUGGCCAGGGCAAGUCUGCAGCAGAGAUGCUAUUCAGCUAUGGGUUCAUCGAGCCGGGGACCUCAGCAAAGAGCCUCAUGCUUCAGCUCGAAGCCAUGGACGAUGAUCCCCUUGCCAAGGCCAAGUUGCUCCUAUAUCAUAACCAUGAAGGAGCACCACGACUGAAGAUCGAGGAUUCGGAUGACGGCGUCCCAACUUGGAGCGCGCCAUUUGUUUAUCUCAUGUGCUUGAAUGAAGACGAUGGGAUAGAGUUUCGGGUUCUUCAGACAGUCGACGGGGAUCGUCAGCUCAAGCUCUUCUGGCAGGACGAAGACGUGACAGCCAAGGUUGCCGACUUUGAAAGCCUUAUACAGGGACAUGAGUUGGAGCCCAUCUUUCGUCUACGGGCCACAAUGGUCAUUCUAUCCCUACUAGGUGCACAAAUGGAAAACUUGACAGCUCCUAUAGAUUAUGCGAUGGAACAGAGCGAUCCAGGGUCUUUUUCCCCCACUGCAAGCAUCCUGCAGCUACGCGGAGCCGAGCUUGAUCUCCUGUCGAGGACAUUGGCCGUGCUGGAGGAGCAGAGAGACGGACUUGUGGAAAAUGAUAGGGUCAAGGCCUAUCUCGGAUCGAUGGAAGCAUCCCCAAAUGAGGAGGUGCCUGGCCAGCCUACCAAUAACGAGGACGAUUUCAGCUAG